UAUAAUAUGCAUGUGUAGUGCUGUAUUGUGGUAGCAACAGUAUAAUUUUAGAUGCAUGUAGUCUAGAACUGACUCAUAGCUAAAUUAAUACUCUUCUUUAAAUACUUUACAUUCAUCAGCCGUUCAUCCAAACCGAGUUGAAACAAUGUCGCCAAAACAAGGCGUACACGUUAAAACAGGGUGUUUAAUAAUAAAACAACCCCACUACUGGAUCUCUGCGUGCAGCCAUCUUGAGCGAAGCAAACGGUGGUGCAGGCCUCAGGAAGUGGUGAAGCAUCAUGUCAACGCUGAGACUUAACAAGCAAUGAAAAGUCUGCAUCUACCACGUGAGUCAAUCGCACUUCCUCUAAAUGAUACUCAUUCUCUCACACACGCAUUCUUCUCUUUUACUGUCCCACCAUCUCUGACCGUGGGAUUAUCUAAAGACAGCACCGCGGCCAUAUCAUCAGAUGAGCAGCACUAGUGCCAUGCAGAACUUGUCAAAGCCACCUCCUCAUCUGGUGCUGCCUCAAGGAGCCGUAGCCAUGAGGAUCAAAAGCUCUGCAGGCAGCGGCGAGCGCCUGAGUCAAACCAAAUCCAUGGUUAUACCGGAUCAUGACCCUGCACAGAAACCACUUAACCGACAUCGCAGGAAUCAGUCCCAGCACAACACCAGUCAAGGCGCACAGCAGCUCCAGCCUGGUUUGCAUGGGGUUUAUCUGAACAAAACCAAGAUCUCUGAAGGAGGAAAGAAACUCAAGAAAAACUGGACAUUAGCCUGGGUUGUCCUUUCAUCGAAUGAGCUGCAUUUUUACAAGGAGAGCAAGCAAGAAGCAGUGGCCAGUUUGAAACCAGGAAAUAAACCAGAAGGAAUUGACCUCUGCGGCGCCGUCGUAGACUGGACAACAGAGAAGUCGAGUCGGAAGAACGUGCUUCAGAUAACAACAAGGUCCGGUGAGGAGCUGCUUCUGCAAUCAGAUGACUACCCUACAAUCAGUAAAUGGCAUGAUGCCAUCAAAAAAACAGCGGACAGAUCGUCCAGUGCAGACGCAGGGUCCGGCGGGGGAAAAGCCACAUUACAUCGGUCCAGCAGCACAGAGUGUCUGCCCAGACGAGGCCAUGACUCAACAAAAUCCAAAGCCAAAGAGCCGAAAUCAGAGAACAGACGCUCUCUCAUGUUCAAGCUGAACUACAGUGCCUCCGACAGCGCAGAUAAGAACGGCGUGAAGAAUCGCCUCAAGAAGUUCAUCUCCAGACGGCCCUCCAUGAAAACACUACAGGAGAAAGGCCUCAUUAAAGAUUGCGUCUUUGGAUGUCACAUGUUGACCUUGUGUAAUCGGGAAGGGACCACGGUUCCCAAAUUUGUCCAGCUGUGUGUCAAGGAAGUGGAAAAACGAGGUCUAGAAGCUGACGGCAUAUACAGGGUGAGUGGCAACCUGGCCACGAUUCAGAAACUACGCUUCCUAGUUGACCAAGAGGAGGAGCUGAAUCUGGGCGACAGCCAAUGGGAGGACAUUCAUGUCAUCACUGGUGCGCUAAAGCUGUUUUUCCGCGAACUGCCAGAGCCUCUGUUUCCCUUUCGCUUUUUCGAAAUGUUCGUGGAGGCCAUAAAAACUAAGGAGCAAAAGCAGAAGGUGGCGGGGCUGAAGAAGCUUGUCCAUCAACUCCCUAAACCCAACCAUAACACCAUGAAAGUGCUAUUCCAUCACCUGCAGAGAGUUUUGACCAAGUCACGGCAAAACCUCAUGUCGAGCCAAGGCAUCAGCAUUGUUUUUGGACCGACUCUGAUGUGGCCUGAGCUGGAUGCGGGGAACAUGGCUCUCAACAUGCUGUACCAGAACCAGAUAGUAGAAUUCAUGCUCAUUGAAUGUGUGGAGAUUUUUGGACCAGAGUCCAAGUAACAAGUGCUUAAAUAUAAAAGGAGGCAUGAUUUUAUGAUAGGACCAACAUGCACAUUUGUAAUCCGUAAAAAGGAGACAACAAAGUAAACAUAACAGGAACGUACAGGACUUUGCUCUCUGAGUAAAUGCAUCUCCUUUUGUUGCACUUCAUAUUCUGGUCUUGUUUACCGUGUUUACUUUGUGCGAUUUUUGAAUUGAUUUUAUCGUCUCGUACGAAAAUCGUACAAUGUAAAAGAAUUCUGUGGAUGUGAGUUGAGAACAGUGUUCUUAAAAAGAUAUAAUGUCACGCGCUCACGUCCAGACAAUUUAGUACCAUUGUGAACAAAAAAGAGCCAAAGUUCUGGCAGGGUCAGAAACGUUUUCUUUUUUUUUUUUUUUUUUUUUAAAUUGAAAUCUCUGUGCUACGACACUUGUCUAAAAGUCGCCAUUAGAUGUAUGGUGUAAGUUUAUGUAAAAAUUCACAGGAUAGCUACAAAUGCAAAUAUAAAUGAAUCACAUUAAUUAAUAUAUCUUUACCAUUCUAAAUGCCUGGUCCUAUGAACGGUGACUUGUAUAGCUAGCAUACAUGCUAACAGACAGGGAAAAAAUAUUAGUAUUAUUAUUUGUGUGUGUUUUCUCUAACAUUUCUACUAUUAUACAAAGAGCUUAUUUGUGUUCACGGUUAUUUUUCUUUCGGAACAAGUCCGGAGCACGUUGAUUGAUGAUGUAAGCAGAACAUUGUCAUUUUCUUUAAUCGCAGGUCAACCGCUAGAGGUUCUGCGUUGGUGAUGCCACAACCUUCCAUGGCCGUGUCAAGAGAGCAAAAUUAGCUGCGCUCUCUGGGUGGGAGGGAUGGCACACUGUCUCUCCCUUGUCAGUCAUAAAGACACAAGCAAAUCGUAGGCAUCUGAGAGUUCUUGCAUGCAGAAGAGGACAGAUAGCUCAUUCUGAAGAGUGGGUUACGCUGCCCUGUGAUGCAGACGUUGGCUUCACAUGUCCUGGAGGAACCAAGUGUUUUCCCCAUUCUCCCUGCUUGGUAGUUAUCAUGUGAUAGGGGAGAGUUGACCAAAUGGGAGAGAAAAUUGUGUGUGUGUGUUAAGGGUGUGGGGGGGAUGGGGGUAUGCUAAUAAUAAUUAGCAUCCUGAAUGGAUAAAUGUACAUUUAGGAAGCUCAAAACUGUUUUGUUUGGUCACUUAAAGGUCAAUCUGAUUUGUCAUGUUAUGAUUUCCUGAUCAGUUUUGAUUUUUUGACGUGUAAGGAAGAAAAUGGAUUCUUUAUGGCCCUUUUUUUUUUUUUUUUUAAAUCAUCACUGUGUCAUAAAGACGUGUGUACUCUUGUAAAUAAAAAGUGAUCUUUUUCCCCUUGUCUUUUUAAUUAUGUUUACAUGCAGUGCCGGCUGUAUAUUUCUUUAGGUUCAAACUAAACAAUGAAAGCUAGAAACAUUUUAUAUACCGAUUACAUGCAUCAUUUCUUUUUUUUUUUUUUUUUUUCCCUUAACAUUUUGGAUUACAUGUUUUUUUGCUGGAGUUUGGAAAUCAUAUAUUGGUCAACCAAGUUGAAACCUCACCAGCUAUUCAGCCAGUUAUAUGCAUCCUUCGAGUCGGCACACUGUUGUGAAAAUAGUUCUAGGGAUCUUCAGAACUGCCACAGCGAAUAUGCGAUGGCCACAAUCACAUCAGUUUCUAUUCAAACUGCCAAAAGUUCUCUCCAAUUUCCCCAACAGCGGUGUCUUUUUAUUCACUCUCCGCAAGCCAACGCUGAGAAGCGCUGCAUGAAUGUGUUUUUUAUUCCGUCCCAGAGAUAAGACGGAGUCUGUAAUUACGUGGAGAGCCAGCGCUCUAAAUCAGACACUUCAUUUUUUUGGCAUCGAGUCAAGCAGCGAUGAAGGGGAUUGGAGAGCAAGGGGGAUGGGCGACACAAACCAGACACGCGAGCUUGCAAGUUUCACAAAAGAGGGAGAAAUGCAUCUGGAUGCUUGGAGUGCGACCAUCCUGGCAGUGCCAGUUAUCUCCAGAUCUGGAAUGAGCAGGGUCAGGCCACUGGGACAUCCACUGCUACAUGUCGCUCACCACAAAUAAAACAAAAACAAGGCUGGAUGUGCUGCUAUGUGUAGAGGAGCUGAGAUUUGGUGACGCCUUGUGGGUUUCAGUCAAAGAACAUGAAUCGAUUCUAUCUAAACAUAAUGGAGCAUAGUGCUCCUGCUGAUCCCAUAUGCAUUCUGCAGGAUAUUCUGGUUUCUCUCACGUGUGCAUACGGAAUAUUAGUCCAUACCGCUCAGUUACACUAUACUGGCUGACUACAAGUUUAUUUUUCUUCUCUCUUCUGAAAAUGUUUCUUUGGGCAAAUGUAAUACACCUCAACAGGAGCUUUAAUAAACAUGCAAAUCUGUCUUUCAGAAUAUACGUUUUCCAUAUGAUGUUGAAAGAAAGCUGUAAAAAGAAAAUAUAUACAUACAUAGGCCUACUGUUACAUACACCUUUUAUACGUCGUCUUGGCUGGACAUGGCUCAUUUCUGGCCAAAAGUAAUACUGACCUGCAAAUGCAAAUCAUGAACCUAUAAGCAUCACCAUGUGGAGAAAAAAAUAAAUAAAUAAAAAAUUAGUACAUCAUAAAGUUUUGCACACCCAAAAGCAAUAAGAAAACGGAUCACAUCAUGGUGUCCUGUAAACUUCAGGGCCGUGUGAAAGACCAGUCGACGCCAUGCAGACUUCAGGACGAGAUGGAGACUGUGGGCUUCGUGUUUUCCCUAGGCGAGCCAAGGCGCUUCGCGUCUAACGAUUUCAUGUUCUAACCGGAGACCACUGCGCACUCGAGAACCCCCGCCCCUCCACCUCACACUCAACACACACUUUUGUUUUCCCAUCCCUCUUGGCAGAGCUUCAUGGAAAUGGGU